AGAACAGGAUAGAAGAUGUCGGUAAGAUGACAGCGCCCGUGUGACGCUCGUUCUCUCUCGUUUUUCGUGCCUUUUUAACAAAAUUCACGAAAAUUCUCAAUCCCGCUUCGUCCAUGGUGUCUUGUCUGAUCCUGGAAUUACCCUGAGUGCCGUGAGUGGUCGUCUUCCUCUGGAGUCUUGGAAUCUCCGUACUGUGCAAUUCUCUGUGGUUUUCUGUGAUUCUAGUGCGUGUAGGCGAUCGUCGUCAUCGCGCCUGUGCGAUUUCGUGUUUGCAAUGUACGCAGUUUCUAGUGUGUGAUUCUUUUCUCGAUUUUCUUCUAAAACCUGGAAAAACGGGGGAAAACUCACCCCUGGCUCAAGGGAUAUGAGCAUUUUCGGGGACUUCCAGCGAGUCUGGGUGCAAAGAUUCCCGGACAGCGCCCUGCCGGCCGCCUGGGAGGAAGACGUCAGGGCGAAUCUCGUUAAACAUCAGCACAAGGUCGCAGCUCUAAGGGAGGAAUUAGAAAAAGAGGAAUUUUACGUAGAAUAUCUUGAAAGGCUGUUGGCAGAUGUUGAGCGCCACAAGCAGUUGGCGAACAAUUCAGCCUCAUCGGCAGAGUCCAGAGCCUCCGGAACCGAGUCUCCAAGUCACAGCUUUCACACCGCGGAAAAUAGUCUCAACGAUUCUGCGAUUCAGGAUAGUGAAACCUUACCAACAGCCCUUCCAGUUCGGGAGGACAUCAGUACUCUACAGGAUAAGUGCGUUUCAGAAUUAAGUUCCACAUUGAAUUACCACCGGAGACCGAAGAGCGAAAUUCCCAGGAGUCCUGAGAAAGUGCCUGAGUUUAGGAGGAACAGCAACCCGGAUGUUCCGAGCAAUUACGUUACAGUAAUCGAAGUCACUGGAAGUUCCAAGAAGGAUAAAAACGAGGAAAGUGUUAAAGAAGAAGAUGAAAAAGAUUCUGAAAAAGCGACGAACGAAGAUGGAGACGGAGAUGGAGAUGGAGAAGAUGGAGACGCUGAAGCGUCAGAGGAGGAGCCUUACUAUGAUUCCGUACCUCUGGACCCAACUGGAGAAUAUGUUUACAUAGAUUCAAGAGUUCCAGUAGUUAGUAACAACAAUGGAAGCAAAGUUCCUGUGCGGAGGCCGCCUUCGCUUCCGGAAUCCCCUGGGAAUCAGAGUAACUACGUCAACAUCGACUACUUCAUCCAGUUCCUUAGACACAGGGCCGCAAUGGAUAGCGAAGAUGAGGAGGGUCCGAGUCCUGCUCCGCCGAUCCUCCUCAGGGCGCUAUCGACCGAUAAUGAAACCGGAAGCAGCGAUGCAGAGCCUUUGAGCUUGAGUGAAGGAAGUCUUGAAUCACCAACGCCGACGACUCCUAGAAGGCAAGAAAAGGGGAAAGAAAUAGAAGAUGACAGGACGUCGAUGGUCAAGUGCAUUGUUAAUUCCGUUGUCGAGAGCGAAACCAUUUAUGUCGAAUGUCUCAAUGUUAUGUUGCAGUACAUGAAGGCAAUUAGGGCGACUCUGACAACCUCUCAACCUGUUAUUUCCGAAGAAGAAUUCGGCACGAUGUUUUACAAAAUACCUGAACUUCACGCCCUCCAUCAGACAUUUUUAGACGGUCUGAGGAAGAAGAUUGAAAAAUGGGACUGCAAAACAACCGUUGGAGAGCAGUUUAAGGUUAUGGGAAGUAAUAUAGGAAUUUAUGGUGCAUUUCUACACAACUACGCGAGGGCGACGGACACCGUUCGAAGAUGUUCUGCGCACUCGGCCCAGUUCGGCGAGAUUACAAGAGACAUUAGACUGAAGGGAUUUCCAAAGGGACCAGGCUUAUCUCUUGAGGACCUGCUUCACAAGCCGGUGGCUCGCGUCCAAAAGAACGCCCUCGUUCUUCAUGAUCUGCUUAAACAUACCCCACCAAAUCAUGCAGAUCACGCGCCACUUUCGGAGGCCCUUGCUAUGACAAGGAACUUCUUGGACGAGUUCAACAUCAUACAGACAAAGUCUAUGUUUCCGAGUCACGAUCGAGCGCAGAGGAGGCUCGUGAAGAACUCCUUUGUCGUGGAGUUAGCCGAUGGUCAUCGGAAACUCCGACAUUUGUUCCUUUUCAACGACGUCAUCGCCUGUGCCAAGUACAAAGCCUCAGGUCGAGAUAAAUUCACCUUUGAAUUGAAGUGGUAUAUCCCCGUUGCGGAGGCCGCUGUUCUAGAAGAUGGAGUCGAACCUAGGGAAAACAGUCCCGCAAAUGUCGUCGCUCUCAGAUCACAAGCCUGCACAGUUAGGGACCAAAUUCUCUGGGAGGAGCGUAACGACGAGAAGCGAAUUCGCUUAGGUAGUAGAGGAGCCGACAAAAAUAGGAAGAAACUGGCAGAACUGGAGGCUCAACUGGUGUUAGCUUCGCCGAAUUUGGUAUUGCGAGUCUCUCACAAGAGUCAGAACAGGGUGCAGAAUUCGUACACCUUCUUCUUAUCGAGUGAGUUUGAACGCUCGCAAUGGAUCGAGGCAGUGGAGGCUUUACAGCAGGGUGGACAACCGCCAGGAUCACUUCCUCUUUCAAUGUACGAACUCCAGGCUUGGGUAACUGCCUGCAGAACUUAUCUUCAAACGGACAUGGGAAGCUAUUUGCUUCGGUCCAGACGAGACGAGAGUCUUCUGCUUGGCGAUCUUCAUCUUACUCUUUUGGGACUCACGCCGCCGGGUCUUGAUAGAUCGGGUGAUCUCUUCAUCAUCGUAGAAGUCGACAGCUACGGGCAUUACUUUAAGCGCGCGAGGAGUCGAGUUGCUAGAGGACAAGCACCAACGUGGGGUGAAACUUUCGUCGUGGAACUCGAGGGAAGCCAAAAUCUGAGAAUUCUUCUUUACGAAGAAUGUGGAGGCCGAUCGGUCCUGCGAGGAAAAUGUACCCAGCGUUUGAGCAGAUCUUGGCUUCUGGAGGAUCAGGUCGACCAGGUAAACAAGGCAAUGAAUUUGGGCCCUGCGACACUUGACGCGUCACUUAAAUUCGUACCGAGUGAAGUUACCUUAAGGAGAGUACCUUCUGCAAAACCUCAAGGUCUCUUUGGAGCCAAAAUACAGCAAGUCUGCAAGCGGGAAAAGCGAGAUGUGCCUUUCAUUGUAACAGCUUGCGUCAGAGAAGUCGAGAGGCGAGGUGUUGGCGAAGUUGGUCUUUAUCGUGUUUCCGGCUCUGCUUCCGAUUUGGCGAAGCUGCGGAAAUCUUUCGAAAGCAAUUCUUACGAGGCUGAACAACUGUUGAAGGAGGUGGACGUGCACUCUGUAACCGGAGUCUUGAAGCUCUAUUUACGAGAAAUGCCUGAGGCUCUCUUCACUGACGCCCUCUAUCCGGCAUUUUUAGAAGCUUUUCAGACCGGAGAGAUCUCGAGAAAUACGGCAUUGCGCAGAGUUUACGAAGGCCUGCCUGCAGUCAACAAAGCCGUCAUCGACUUUCUCCUAGCUCAUUUAAUUCGCAUCAAUAAGCACGAAGGCCAAAACAAAAUGUCCCUGCAUAAUCUAGCAACCGUCUUUGGUCCCACUUUGUUGCGUCCUGGGACCAGCAACCGAACCGACCAAAAAAGCAGAGAUCCUCUCGCUGCCGGCACCGUCGACGUGAUGGCGCAGGCCGGGAUUCUCUAUUGUUUUUUGCAAAUGCAGUUGCAAACGCAACAAAGCAAUCAAUCACUCUAGUCGAGAGCUUCGUACAGAUCAAUCAUUUACGUACUUUUAACUUGCAAUUACCCUGAAGAAAUCCCACUGCAAAUGCUUAUGGCGUUUAUUAGCGUCGAAGAUUCUAUAUUCAAAGUUAACCAGAUUUCUGUGGACUCUGCAAAUUCAAUGACCUCAAUAUUUGGAAACAAUUCACAUUGAUUAUGUAAAAAUCCGCAUUGAAUAUGUAGUAAUCCACACUCGUAAGAAGCGUAGCAGAAAGUGAUAUAUUUUAUACUUUGCGAUUGUAUUUAGGCGUGCUUGCCACGUCGGUCUUUUUGCUGGGGGGAAUGAAAUUCAACUUUUUUAUACGAGAAGAUGAAAAGAAAAAAAGAGAUGACUCUUAUCCGAGAGGUAUAGCCGAUGACGCUUCGAAAAUGUACACUUUUUGCACUCACGUGUUCCCAUAGAUAUUUCUGAUAAAAAUCAACCCUUGUUGUCCCGUCGUGUACUCGUAGAUCCUCGGUGACCUCUCUUUUUAUAGAACCUUUACAAAAUUUCGAGGAGUAGAAAGCAAUCCCGGGUCCUUUGUAAUUCAACGUGUUUAGAUAAAAGUGCGUUUCGUGCUUCCCGUCGCUUCAAGACUGAUUUUUCCGUCUCUGGUUAAAUGUUACUAGAGGACUCCGUCGGUAUUUUUUUAGCUAUUGCGUACCUCGAAAAUAAAAUAAUAAUGUUUGGAGAAAUUAGAAAUAUGACCAUUAGGUGAAAAAUCUAUAUAAUGUAAUUUUUAUAAAACCGAGAUUAAAUCUUGAGUUAUGUUAGGCAAUACUGUCUCUUAUGCAUGAUGUUCGGUGCAAAAUUUAGCAUCAGAAAAAUGUUUGACAUUUAGUUUUUUAGUAUUUUAUAUUUAAAUUUGAAUAGUGGGUCUGUAUCUCUACUGCGCAUGUGCAAUUAUUUAGUGCGCAUGUUCAUUAUUGAGAAUUGUUUUUGACCAUUUCGCCACCUAGGGGGAAAAAUCAUAACUGGAAAGAGUAGGUACUCUGCUAUCAAAGCUCAAGUGAAAAGUGUAAAUAAUCCAGUUAAAUGAACAUUUUAAUUUGAUAAACGAAAAUUUGCACUUGUUGUCCACCUAAUUAUGGAGACAGGAGUACUCUUCUCUACUAAGGAAUCCAAUAGCCGAAUUUUUUCGUUCUGUUUUUGGCUAUAAUACUACAGCGCGUAAAAAUCUGGAAUAAAUCUAUAAAAUUGAAGUAGUCUACAGAAGAAAUAUUUUUUAAAUAUUUUUUUAGAAUGCACUGUUCGUUUCACACAAGUAAGUCUAGAAUAUGUUUGACUAUUUUAUGUUUUUGUAUUAUUUUUUAAAUUGAUUGUUUUAUUAUUUUCAAGUUUUUUUUAUUAUGGAAAUAUAACUUUAUUCGUAUGUAUCUUAACUGUAUUAUAAAUCUCGUCUAUUACCUAACCUCAAAGUUUGAUCUUGUGUGUAUAAUUCUAUGCUAAUAAAUAAUGUUUAUUCAUAAUAUUUGCUGAAAACUGUUUGCCAAAUAUUUGUCCAAGUUAUUUUGUAUAUUUAAUUGUCAUACCGGUUUUUGGAAAGUGGUGAAAACUCCGGAUUUUUACGUGCUGUGGUAUUAUAGCCAAAAACAGAACAGAAGAUUCGGCUUUUAGACUUCUUAGUAGAGAAGAGCACUCAUGUCUCCAUAAUUAGGUUGACAAUAGGUGGAAAUUUUCGUUUAUCAAAUAAAAGUGUUCGUUUUACUGGUUUAUUUACAUUUUUCACAUGCACUUCGAUAGCAGAGUACCUACUCUUUCUAGUUCUUAUUGUUGUCACCAGACAGCGUAUCGCAGUUUAACCAUUACCAAUACGUAGAAAGUCUUGAAAUGUUUCGAUAAGCAUGCGCAGAAAUAUUUCAAGCGUUUUACUCGUACGCAUGGACAGUAGACUUUUAAUCAACAUGGAACUGCGCGAAUUGGACCAACAUUUUAACCAUCGGACACUACAUUUAAUUAGAGAUGUAACAAAUGAUCGUCUUCAACCUGAAACAAUCCUGCAGACGCACAUUCCGAUAGAGAAAAUUGUUCAAAUUCAUCCCUGUGUUAGCAUAAAGUACACACCUAUCACCGUACAAUUUGGCAGUACAAAUGAUUGCUGGCAUUUUUCACCCAAAUAAAUAUAAUGAAAAUUCUGCAAAAGUAAAUGAAAACAGUGCUGAAUAAGAUCCGUAUUUAAAGCAAAGCUUGUGAGACACUUGAGACGAUGGAUUAUGACAGUAUAGUUUCGAAAACGGGUUUUCCCUCAUUUUAACGAUUUUCUACAAGUGUAUGAAAGACUGCACCUGCAUAAUACUGUGUGAAUGUGUGCAUGCGUGUGUGGUUAUGUGCGUGACCCAGCUUUUGUAUAUGUAAUGAACCAUUUACAUUCGAUAUUUUUUCCACUGGGCGCACACACUCGGAACAUUUUCGGGUGCAGAAAAAUUACGUUCGUCCCCUUCUGUACAUUCUGACAUGUAAAGAUAACAUCACUACCCAUUAUUAGAGCAUUAUUAUAUAUUGUAUAAUGUAUAUGUAUUAUGAUUAUUAUUAUUAUAUUAUUUUAUUAAUUAUAAUAUUAUUGAUUUUCUGCGAUGGAAGUAUCGAUUGUUAUUGCGCAUCACGAACCAGCUUGUGCGUGGAAAGAAGAAUGUACUGCCAAAAACCAUUUUAGUACGCAAAUAUAUUAAAUUUAUAAACUUUUCA